UCAGUAACUUAUAGCGGGACUGCGGCGGACAUUCUGACACUGGGGGGGAACUGACUUGGUGUCACUGACAUCCCCAGUGACACCAAUACAAUGAUCAGUGCUAAUAAAAAGCACUGUACACUGACACUGUACUAAUGGCACUGGGCAGGAAGCGGUUAACAUGUGGGGCAAUCAAAGGGUUAACUGUGUGCUGUUUUUACUAUGAGGCUGUGUGCUAUGUGUUUCACUGUAAGCGCACUGCUUUGUAUUGCUCUGCUGUGCAGAGAGAUACAAAGCAGCAUGUCUAUGCUGACAGGAGAGAGACCUGUAUUGUUUACACACAGGUCUGUCCCCUGUCAGCCUUUCCCAAUGAUUGCUGGGUGCCGGCUGGGAAU